UGUCGUGUAGCUUUUGUUUUGAUGUGUAGUAUGCUGAGCUAUGUUGGAGGGGUUUUUACGCUGAUGUAUUAGAUGUAAUUAUUAUUUAUAAGGAACAAAAUUCAAAUUGUAAUGGACUUAUUAAUGUCAUUUAUAUAAUUUAAUUUGUUACCCGUUUUACGUGAGUUAUAACGGGACGUGACACAUGGAAGAUGAAGAGUUCCAGCGGUAAAAAAAGUGUUGAAGUAAAGAAUAGGGUGACGAAUAAUUAAGGCAUAAUGGAGGUACAGGAGAAACCAAGUUUUUUUCCUCCAAAAAAGAGAACUUCUGGAAAGCGGUUUGCUUCAAAUAGCCACUUUGACCAUGUCACAGUUCAGAAGACCAAGACACAGAGUCUGACAGAAAACUGUUUGUCUUCCAAAACAAACAAUAUUAAUGACAGUAGAACAAUGGAUGUUUGUGUGACUACGGAGAAAAUUGCACCAGAGGAAUAUGGAAGCUGUGGAGAGACAGAUGUUCUUAGUACUCCAAUCGGCUGUGACUUAAAUGGUAAGGAGCUAUCAGAAUCCUCACCUGUGAUUGAAAAUGGACAUGUGGCAGGUAUUCUUAGUUCAUCAUCAGCAAUGGCACUGCAUCAGCCAGAGCAAGGAAGCACAAACACCAGUGUAAGUCACAGUGAGCAGAGCCUUAAUAUGGACCUCUUUCAUGAUACAGUGGAAACUAAGAAGGCAAAAGCCAAGAAGAAAGUGAAUAUUUGCACUGAUCGUGAAGAUGGUGAGGAAGAAGAUACUUCAAGUAAUAUUGAAACAGUGGCACUUAGACGAGGUUCAGAAACCUCUGAUUCAGUGGCUGAUCACUCUGGAGUGAGUGGAAGUACUGAUGGCUGUCUCACCAUGACAGGAACCAUUAAACGUGGGAAGAAAGCAGGCCAAAGUGUGGAUGUGCGGCUGAAUAUGUCUCGUGAAGAACUGGAGGUGCUGGAAGCUGUUCUUGCUGCCAAACGCCGUAAUUCAGCUUCACCUAGUUCUUGGCUCACUUGUGGUCCAAAGAAUGGGCCACAUGUAAUGAUCUGGACAGCAUUGUGUUUCCCAUUUGCAGUUGUGAUAUCUGGAGUCUACUCCUUCUAUAUGGGGACAAUCACAUGGUACAAUGUUUUUACAUAUUAUACUGAAGAAAAGCCCAUUUUGUGCAGAAUCCUAGUUUCCCCAUUCCUUAUUCUUCUUUAUCCCUUUCUUAUUAUAAUCUUCACUAUAGGUCUUGGUCUUUAUGCUGGAAUAGUGCAGAUGUCUUGGUAUUUAGACAGUUGGUACAAAGAGAUUACUGAUUUAGAGAAGGGAUUUUAUGGUUGGUUAUGUGCCACACUGAAACAUGAAGAUUGUUCCCCAUAUGAAGUAGUUGUACUGACAGAGAUUCAGAGUUCAGUGGAAGGAGGUCGACCAGUGAGAUCAUCUUCUGAGGAUUCCACUACAUAAUAACUGACUUUCUUUUGCACAUUAUGCAAUAUGGAAUGAUAGAUUUUUUAAUGUCUACAAUUCAUAUUGCACAUGCAUACACAUAAAGAGCUUCAUUUGUGUUUCCAUAAGUGAUGUAUGUCUUACAUGUAUGUAAAGAACUUAUCAGUAUACAUGUCAUCUUUCACCUUCCUUUUUUGUAA